UGUCUCUUGCAAUCGCUCAGUCCUUCUCUUAAACCCCUCAGACCGACACAUUCGGCAAAAACAACACAUGUAGUCUGAUGAAACAUGGAUUAGUUGGGUUCUUAGACAAACAAUAACAGAAGACAAGAGCUGAUGACUUUGGCAAGACUUUUUAACGAAACUGAAUCUCUAAAGUGGAUAAUCGUAUACGAGUUAAGGAGACAACGCCCUGACUAAUUCUUCAUAUUGUUAAAAACAUUUAUCUUUACAUUGCUGAAAGAAAUCUCACAAAAUAGUUUGACCAAAAUGGAUCUUACAGCCAAACAUGGCCUGGCCCUGCUCAACCAGCUCAGGAAGAUGAGGGAGACUGAACAUCUGACAGAUGCGGUACUGGUUGCUGAGGGCAUCAGCUUCCCUUGUCAUCGUGUUGUUUUAGCUGCUUUCAGCCCGUACUUCCGUGUCAUGUUCACAUGUGGUCUACGUGAGUGCAACAACAGAGAAAUCUUCCUGCGCGACACCCCUGCAGAGAGCCUGUCCCUCCUCUUGAACUACAUGUACUGCUCAGACCUUCCUCUCACCAAUGACAAUGUACAAGGCAUCUCCAUCGCAGCUUUUCUCCUUCAGAUGGAUGAAGUCUUCGCUCGCUGUCAGCUGCACAUGACUGAGAACAUGGAUGCCUCUAACUGCCUUGGUGUGUACUACUUUGCCCGAGAUCUUGGUGUAGAGGACUUGGCUGACCGUGCUCAGCGCUUCCUGAGGCAGCACUUUGUCCAGGUCUGUCAAAAUGAAGAAAUCCUGGAGCUGGAAGCCCAUCAGCUGGGGAGACUACUGACUUCUGAUGACCUCAAUAUUUCACGAGAAGAGACCAUCCUGGAUGUGGUUCUUCGCUGGGUCAAAUACAGCACCCAGAGUGAUGGAGAGGUCCGGGUCCUGCACCUUCCAGAUCUCCUGAGGAAGGUCCGUUUACCACUGAUCAACCCCGACUAUUUAAGAGAAGCUAUGAAGAGGAACACAGAUCUACUCUCUGAUGGGGAAUGUCUAGAGAUUUUCAAUGAGGCACUGGGGGCUUCUGGGAUGCACCCCACAGCUGCACCACGCCAACUAAAGCUGCGAUACGGCAUGGAGACCACAGAUCUGCUGCUCUGUGUUGGCAACGAUGGUGAUGGGAUUAGGUCAAGAUAUGGAAACUAUUCAGAGCGGAGUUUUUGCUAUGCCCCAUCCACAGGCCGAACCUACUUCAUCACUUCACCUCGCUAUGGAGAGGCUUUGGGGUGUGUGUGUGCCGGGGUUGUAACUGAAAGAAAUGACAUUUUAGUCGCCGGCGAAGCAAGUGCACGCAAAAUAGCUCGACAGAAAGACAUAAAUGUUGAGAUUUUCAGGUACCGAGUCGAGGCCCAGGGAACCUGGGAGUACCUGACAUCAGCAGAGUACCGUGAUUCAUAUGCUUUGGGAUCUCUGGGUGACACAUUGUACCUUCUGGGUGGGCAGAUGAAGCUGAAGAACCAGUUUCUUAUCACUAACAGUAUGGAGCGAUGGUCUGUGAAGGGUGGACCCUGGCGCAGUGCAGCACCCCUGCCUCUGCCUUUGGCCUAUCACAGCGUGGUCAGUAUGAAAGAUCGCCUUUAUGUGAUGGGUGGUCGAACACCACAGUCAUACCGGGUGGAUGAUGAGCCUGACCGUCUCAGUAAUCGCCUCCUGGAGUAUGAUCCGAACACAAACAAGUGGACAGAGCUAUGUCCCAUGAAGUACUCCAAGUAUCGGUGCAGUGCUGUCACACUCAAUGGGGAAGUUUUUGUGAUGGGCGGUAUUGGAUGUGAAGGAGUGGACCGUGGGCAAUCACGCCACUGCCUUGAUGCUGUGGAGAUCUACAACCCAGAUGGAGAUUUCUGGAGGGAUGGACCCCGUCUCCCAUGUGCCCAGCUCUCACUACGCUCCACCGCCUCUAAUGCAGGGGUGGUGGGAGGCAAGAUUUAUGUGUGUGGAUACUACAAAGGAGCAGAUCGCCAUGACAUCAUAACAAAGGAUAUUUUGGAGUUGGAUCCAUGGGAUAAGCGUUGGACAGUUGUUGCUCGGCGUGCUCUGAUGCAUCACAACUAUGAUGUCUGCUUGGUGGCAAGUCUCAACCCACGGGGCCUCAUGUCCCCACCUGCAGACCUAGUACCUCAGUGAUGUCCCUGUUGGAUCAGAUCAGAGUCUGUGAGGGGGAAUUAGUGGCAGAAAUUACUUUUUAAUGCACUUAAUGCUGGGCCAAAGGCAUUCACUUUUAAAGCCAAAGGUCUCAGGACCUUGCUUUAUGAUUCGCACAUCAGUAGAGCAUUGACAGAUAGUAUGUAAAUAGCUUUUUUGUGUCAUUUUCUUGUGUUUUAGCCAAUACUGGUCCACUAAAACUUUAAACAAUUUGAAAUUGAGCAUUAUUUAUCUAAAUAAUGGAACAAGUUAUUGAUAAUAACAGAGCAGCUAGUAGUCAUUAUCAUCACUAAUCAAUCUGCUGGAAACUUCUUUACUAUUGGUUCUGAAAUGUUUAAACAAAGUUUUUGGAUUGCAGUCAUAUUUUCUCUGUUUAGUCUGCUCAACAGUUAUCCUAAGAUAUUUACUCAAAUGUCACAAAUGAUAAUGAAAAACAACCUUUUUCAAUGGAUCAGCAUUUCAGCAGAGAGCAAAGGACAUUUGGUAAAUGUGCCUAAAAAUUGACUGCAAAGACUUAUUAAUCUACGGAUAAACUAAUAAUUUCAGCAACUGUUACAAUGAUCAACAGAAAUUAACAGUGGAAGAAAUAAGUCAUGACAAAUGGGGCUGAGUGAAUAUUAUGAAAAAGGGAAUAUUUUAUAAGAUUCACUGUUUUGUUUUUGUCGCAUGCUUGCUGAAGCAGAAUAAACUUGUUGAGGGUGGUAAUAAAUAUGCACUUUAGCAAAGAAGCAUGGUUGUUGGGGUGGCAGCCAACACUCAACACUUAUAAUCUAUAUAAAGUUAAGUUUUACCCGCAUGUGAGAUAAUGCACAUAAAACUGUAAUGGCUGCCUUCCAGGCAACAAUGCCUCCAGUCACUGUUUUCAUACAUAGACAACUCAUGAAAAUUUCCAGAAAUUUUCCCAGAGAUUCAAAUGUGUGAAUGAAAACAGCUGAAUUUUUCCAAAUAGGCUUUCCCAAGAUGUUUCCCCCUCCCUUGUCUGACAGGGAAAACUUACUGCUGUGAGGGAAAAGCUACUCAGGAUGUUUUAAAUACACUUCAACAAUGCUUUUUAUUGUGGGAGAAAAAUAAACAAUCAAUACUU